CUGUUCCCUGACUUCCCUUAAGUCAGAGGAUCCGGUUCCUGCGAACCGAACCAUGGGCGCCGCAGCGUCGCCUCUCCUGCUCGUGCUCGCCCUCGCAGUCCUGGCCUGCGCAGUAUGGCCGUCGCGGGCGGGGGCGGCGCUGGACGACCCCGUGGAGCUCCUGCGGAGGGCCAAGGAGGCCGGGUUCGCGGACUGGAUGGUCGGGGUGCAGCGGCGGAUCCACGAGAACCCGGAGCUCGGCUACGAGGAGUUCGCCACCAGCGAGCUCGUGCGCCAGGAGCUCGAUGCCAUGGGGAUCCCCUACAGGCACCCCUUUGCCGUCACCGGGGUCGUCGCCACCGUCGGCACAGGCGGCCCGCCCUUCGUCGCGCUCCGGGCGGACAUGGACGCGCUACCGCUGCAGGAAAGCGUGGAAUGGGAGCACAAGAGCAAAGUUCCUGGGAAGAUGCAUGGAUGUGGCCACGAUGGUCAUCUUGCUAUGCUAUUGGGCUCUGCUAAGAUUAUUCAGGAGCAUCGUGAUCAGUUGCAGGGUACAGUGGUCUUUGUUUUCCAACCAGCUGAGGAAGGUGGUGGUGGAGCAAAGAAAAUGAUAGAAGCUGGAGCUGUGGAAAACAUAGAAGCCAUUUUUGGGCUUCAUCUAGCCAACUUUGUGCCUAUUGGUGUGCUGGCAUCCAGACCAGGGUCUAUUAUGGCUGGUAGUGGAACUUUUGAGGCCGUAAUAAGUGGUAAGGGAGGGCAUGCUGCACUUCCUCAUCACACUAUAGAUCCUAUAUUGGCUGCCUCAAAUGUUAUUGUGAGCCUUCAACAACUUGUUUCCCGGGAAGCCGAUCCCUUGGACUCACAGGUUGUAACAGUUGGGCAAUUUCAAGGAGGAGGGGCCUUCAAUGUUAUCCCAGAUUCUGUUACAAUAGGUGGCACCUUCAGAGCCUUCUUGAAAGAGAGUUUUAAUCAAUUAAAGCAGCGAAUCAAAGAGGUCAUUGUGUCCCAAGCAUCUGUGCAGCGGUGCAGUGCUAUUGUGGACUUCCUUGAAAAGGACCACCCUUUCUUUCCCCCAACCAGCAAUAGCCCAGAGCUCCAUGAUUUCUUCGUGAAAUUGGCUAGCAAGAUGGUUGGCCCCAAGAACGUGAGGGACAUGCAGCCACUGAUGGGCGCCGAGGACUUUGCCUUCUACGCUGAAGCGAUCCCCGCAACGUACUACUACUUUGUGGGCAUGUACAACGAAACUCGUGGACCGCAAGUGCCCCAUCACUCCCCCUACUUCACCAUCAACGAGGAUGCUCUCCCCUAUGGCGCAGCUAUGCAAGCAUCGUUGGCUGCUCACUAUCUGCUUGAGCACCAGCCCGCUGCUACCCCUGAUAAGGCGAAAACCCAUGACGAGCUGUAGAUAGAUAUUGUUUGCUUCAUUGAAUUCUGGUUAAAUGCAAAUGAUAAUGAAAAUUGGUGAAAUUAGAUUGGGCAAUUGAAGCUGAAUUUCUGGCUGGUUGACUUUUAUCUUUUGCCAAACUAUGCAGCGGCUGUAUAUAUACCGUGAUAAUUGCGCUUUUUGAUAAGCGUAUGCCCGUCAAUUGCACAUUUAGGCAUUAUUUAGUGCAAUGAUGCAGUCAGCAAACAAUCUGGAAAACAUAGUUCUUGUAUUCUUAGUGCAAUGACUGAUUGCCUGGUUGGAAAA